UGGUAUAGUCUUUGUGCUUCGCAUCCCUGGAAAGUAUUUUGGUAAAUUACCAUGUCUGCGGCCACAAAAUUACAUAAAACGAGCUGGUGCGCCCUGCGGCAGCUGCAACAAUACAGAACUAAGGCCAGCUUCAGCCCCAGUUCAGCUUCGAUAUCCAAGCGAAACGAUCUUUUUAACCAGGAGCAGCGCCGUCAACGGGAUGCCGUGGGCCGCAUUGAUAAGAUCGAGGUCCGGUACCUGGGACUUCCCGAAGAUGUCACUCUCGUGAUGAACAGCAACAUAUCCACGCCCUUCAAUUGUGCCCAGCACCUGAGUGAAGGACACUGUAAGCGAUCGGCACUGGCCCUGAUCGAUGGCAGUGUGCCUUGGGACAUGCACAGACCCUUGCAGGAAUCCUGUACCCUGCAGCUGCUCAACUUCCAUGUCUCCGAGCCGCACGUGGUCAACAAAGCCUUCUGGCGCACUUGUAGUUUUAUGUUGGGAGCCGCCUUGAACCGGGCUUUUAAACCAGAGGCCAAUCUUCAGCUACACAGCUUCCCGGGACCCAACAUCAAAUCUGGCAGCUUUGUGCACGACAUUGUGCUGCAGACUCAGAAUUGGCAGCCUUCGAAGGAGGAGAUGCGCGCCAUUUCGGCGGAGAUGGUUAAAUUAGCCGCACAGGAUCUGCGCAUUGAGCGCCUGGACGUUCAGCAGGAUCUCGCCCAGGAGAUGUUCAAGGAUUCCAAGUACAAGAGCGAGCAGCUGCCAAGCAUUGCACAGCAAACCCAAGGAAGAGUAACCCUGUAUCGCCUGGGUGACCACAUUGACAUCUCACGCGGUCCAAUGGUGGGAUCUACCAGCUUCCUGGGCAAAUGCACUAUCUCGGCUGCCCACAAAGUGGCAGAGGAAGGCCCAGCUGGCGCCUUCUAUCGCAUUCAAGGUGUUGCCCUGCCCUCUGGCUUCCAACUGAACCAUGUGGCAUACGGUGUACUGGAGGAGCGGUCUAAGAAACUUAGCCCAGCACGUCUGCCCAAUGAACCCUUCGAGGAACAACAACAACUGCAAUUAUCUUAAAACGUUCUUUAAUAUUUAAAGCUAUACGAUAAGUGUUAACAGGUAAAUCAUUAAAGAGCGUCCCCAUUUGUUACAAAAAUAUAACCGUCUUUAACAAGUAUA